AUGCAAUAUGGUGACCCGUUUGCUGGUGACUUAUUCAUGGCAAAUACCGCUCUACCUUAUUAUUCUAUAUAUAAUGCUCUUACUAAUCUGUUUGCGGAAACUCAGUUAAAUUAUCAACAUUGUCUGUUGACAAUUGGUUGUAAUACUGUUGCAAUUUUUAAGACUUCUGAAGGAACCUUUAAAGUAUUCGAUUCUCAUUCAAGAGAUUUAUAUGGGAUUCCACACCCUUUUGGAAAAUGCAUAUUAGCAUCUGUUGAUAGUAUAGAAAGCCUGGUGAUAUAUUUCCAGAGUACUGUACCUCCAGGUAAUGAAACACCCUUCGAAGUUAAAGGAGUAACUGUUCAGUUAAAUUGUGAUAUAACACAAAUAAGCGGACUUGCUUCAAGCGAAAGUGAAAAAGAGCAUGUAAAACAAAAAUGUUCAGAGUUAACUGAGAGUCAGAAACAAAGCAGACUGCAAAAUGCUAGAAAGUAUAAAAAAGCUAAGCAAGCAGCAGAAACUGAAACUGAGAAACAAACUAGACUUGGAAAUACUAGGGAGUAUCAAAAAGCAAAACGAGCUUCAGAAACUGAAGAUGAGAAACAAACUAGACUUGAAAAUGCUUCAGAGUAUCGAAAAGCAAAACAAGCUUCAGAAACUCAACAUGAGAAACAGAAAACACUUAAAAAUGCUAGGGAGUGUCAAAAAGCAAAACGAGCUUCAGAAACUGAACACGAGAAACAAACUAGACUUGAAAAUGCAAGGGAGUAUCGAAAAGCAAAACAAGCUUCAGAAACUGAACAUGAGAAACAAACUAGACUUGAAAAUGCAAGGGAGUAUCGAAAAGGAAAACAAGCUUCAGAAACUGAACAUGAGAAACAAACUAGACUUGAAAAUGCUAGGGAGUAUCGAAAAGCAAAACGAGCUUUUGAAACUGAUCAUGAGAAACAAACCAGAAUUGAAAAUGCUAGGGAAUAUCGAAAAACAAAACAAGCUUCUGAAAAGGAGAAACAAACUAGACUUGGGAAUGUUAGAAAUUAUUGAAAAGCAAACUAUAGUUGCCAGUGCUAAUCAGAACAAGAGAAAACGUUUGUGCGCUUCUACUCAAAUUAUAAAUCAGCAGGAUUAUUUAAACAAAUUUGACAUUGAAAAAGAUGGUAGUAUCCAUGAACAGAGUUGGGCAAAAAAUAACAUUAAUAAAUUUUCUAAAUCUAUUGAAUUCUUUAUUAAUCAAUGCACUAUAUGUCAAGAAGCAUGGCCACUGAACUCUACACCAAGGUCACCUGAUUGUUAUAUAUGCUCUCGAUGUGCUCGAGACACAAAAUCUCCUAGAAAGUUUUCACUUGAAAAUGCAAUGAUUCCUUCUCCAGUGCCAACCGAGUUACAAAAUUUAACUCAAGUAGAGGAAAUGUUGAUUGCUCGCGCUCUUCCUAUCAUGAGAGUUUACAUUAAGCCUGGUGGACAACGAGGUUACUCAGGUCAUUGUGUUAAUUUGCCACAAAAUGUUAAGGAACUUGCAACAUCAUUGCCAAGAUAUCCCAAAGAUUUGUCUGUGAUUAUUGUCAAAGUCAAGGGUAAAGAUAACUCAUUUAGAGAUGUUGCUGUGAGAAGAGAAAAAGUACAUAAUGCAUUAUUAUGGCUUGUGCAAAAUAAUCCUCAUUAUGCCAAAUUACAAAUUAAUGAACAUGCAUUAAACUCUUUACCUGAAAAUGGCAUUCCAGCAGAUCUCAUGACUGUUGAGACUGAAAAUGAAAUUAUCUCAAAUGAUGAUGUUAUGUCAGACUUAGGUCCACCUACUGAAAACCCUUCUGAAGAUAUAGUUUAUACCAACUCGACAGACAUGAAUAGUUUCUUGCCUGUUGGUGAACAGCAGGAACAAGAAAUAGAAGCAGUUAGAAAUCAGCUUUCUGCAAAUGAACCAAUGCCAUGGCCCACUAUUGAAAGUGAACCAUUGAAUGAAUAUCAGAUAUCACAUCUGGCCACUAUGGCUUUUCCAACAUUAUUUCCAGAUGGGAAAGGUGAUCCCACUAAUCAAAGUAUCUUGAGGAAUGUUCCUCUUCAAGAAAGAAUUAAUUGA